UACAAUUUUAGGUUGUCAAGGCACUGAAUUUUGAGCAUUGUUUACAUUUUUAUUCUUCGAUUAUUUUCCUCACAAAAAGUCUGAUUGCUGAAUCUAUUUUAUAGUUGUUAGGAUAUGGGUCUGAAGAAGGUAUGUAGGUGGUCAAUUUGAUUGUUACCGGUGGUUUAACUGUAUUUAAUACUGUAUUGUUUCAUGUAGCUCAACUCCGAGUACAAUACACGCUACAAGACAUUUGCAGUUCACAGACCUGUUACCACCAAAGCAAAGAUUUUAAGUCAUCCUACAGACAGUGCACCAGAGGCUAUGGAAAGUAGCAGGAGGGCUGGUCUUCUUUCCAAUCAGUUUACGAACGUGAGCGAACCUGCUCUUCAGCGGAAACGUAUCGUACCGUACAAAAAUAAUCACAAUAUUUUAUCAACAAGUACUGUGAAGGAAUUGAACGAUAGAGAUUGGCUUGAAGCUGUUGGAAAUGGAGGAGAUGAAGAAAUAUCUACUGGUAGUGUUAAAAGAAAGGUGAGGAUCCUGUUUAUUUUGUUAAGUCUGUUAGUAAAUUGCUUAGUAAUUAAUCUUUCUUUUGUAAUUUAUUGCUUUGUCUUUUAUAGGAUACAAAGAAGACGGAAGACACUGAAUAUAACUCCUGUUUUGCAAAACUAAAGGUUGAAGAAGACAGUCCAAUAAUUCUUGCUAGUAAAGCAAAGAUGAAGCGGAAAACACAAGAUCAAAAAAGGCAGACCAAAAGAUCUGCUGCACCGCAGAGACCUCAUAUGGGUACAGAAUAAUACAUAAUUCAUUCACGAUCAUGACACUCGUGUACUUUAAAUGAACCAUCUGCUCAUAAAAUAUUUUCAUUACAAAAAGUAUAGCAGAUGAAACUGGAUGUAAACAGUAAAAAUGUUUUCAUUUUCUUAAUGUAGCCUAUAUAAUUUAUAUUGCAUUUCAACACUGUUCAAAUAGCUUUUGAAAGCUGAUAUCUGAGACCAACAAAAAAUUUCAUGGUAGUUAUUGAUUCGUUUUUUUAGAAAAGUCUCCAGAAAGGUUGCCUCCUGCGGGUAUACCGACCUACGUAGCAGAUCCAGAAGACAAAAGACUCCUGCGUCCAUCGGACGACUUACUUUACCCAGUAACUUCUCAAGAAGAAAACAGGUACUGUUCAAUAUACCAGGUAACUAGGGUUGAUGCGAUUCAACUACCUGAAAAAUACAAGCAAAACUUCGACGUUUCGAGCGAAGGCCCUGCAAGAUGGGCUUCAGCCUUUAUGAUGGUUAAACACAAACAGGACUAACUAGAAACUCUUUUUAGGAAUUCCCACACAGAAUAUUCUGAACGAUAUAAAAGUUCCGUUUCAGCGAAGAAGGGGGAGAAGCCUCUUCCAACCAGCGACAUUGAUAUGGCUACGUAUAAGAAAGUAUGGACCGAUAUAUUUUUUGUUAUGUUUCAUUUUUAAUUUGUGCAUGAUUAUUGAUUAUUUGAUUAUUGGUUUUGAUGCAUAUACUAACUAAGAGCAACGACUUUUUCUCUCUAUCUUAAAGGUACUCCUUCAGAGAAACGACGCAUACGGUCUCUCAACGAGGCCCAGUACAUCACCUGCCAAGCAACAGUCUUCGCCAAGAAAUACAACUCCAAUGGCAAAACAUAGACGACCACAAAGAGCUCGAAGACACAGUUUAGAUUCCAAACACUCUGGUUCAUAUAUUUCUGAAAGACGAGAGAAAGGAUUAGCGAAGACGUACAUCUUAUCAAAAAGUAAACACAAAGAGGAGAAACUGAUGCCUAAAACAAGAGAAGCUACCAGGAUAUCACCACAAAGAAGCUUAGAUGAAGAAAGUAUGUCUUCCAUACGCUCGGCCAACUAUUUAGAAGCCACAAGAAAGUUGAAGAAAGGAGGUGAGAAAAAAACUGGUGAAAAUAAACACCACGAAAGCAAACACAAGGAUUUUUAUGCCGAGUCAGUUUCGUCUCGUAAUUCCCAACGUAUUAACAACGAAACCAAACACAACAAGGAGAAACUUAUCCCUGCUGUUACGUCUGUUACUCGGCCAAAGAGCGCGACUACUGAGCGUUAUUUAGAAAAGGAAAGUGUCUCUUCUAUUCAUUCAGCAAGAAGCUUUGAAAACAAAACAAGAAAAAGAAGCGAGAAAUUAACCGAAAAGCGUUCACGAAGUAUCAAGAAUGACAAAAGUAGUAAAGAAGUAUGGAAAGACAAAACGGAGGAAACAAGAGGACCGAGAAGGAUAAGUCGUGACACUGAGAGAUCCAAUGCGGAUAUUCGUGAACGAGGAAGGUCUCCUACCCCAGAAAUGCGUACCGCUGGUCAGUCACGAAGACAUCAUUUAGAUAUCACUACGGGCUCACAUAAUCCACUCGCAACAGGCCCCGAUCCUCGUAAAAUCUUAGGUAGUAUGGAGUAUGAAAGAGUUGCUUAUGAUCCGAGCAGGUAUAGUGAUGUAGGGGAAUCACUGACUUCUUCACGUUCUUUUGCAACGUGGAGUGAUCGUGGCUCGUAGCAUUUUAUAGUACAAACUAAGUACAUGAGCUAUAUAAGCCCGAAUGGGUAACUAGAAUGCUAUUCCGCUGAUAUAGAAGAUAAAUCUUUUUGUGUUUAAGUGUUUUAUAGAGACGUUUCAAAACCAAUAAUAUUGUAGAAAGUAACAUAUAUUAAUGUGUGGGUUGACGUAAGGGUCGACGCCCUUUUGUAUUCUGAAAAACAAUGUUAUCUGUUUUGUAGAAGACAAAUAAUUUAGAAUGAUUGUUCUGUCGUUAUUGCAAUUAUCAUGAUAAAUACAUUUAGUCGUAUACUCACUCUUUUGGGCUUCUAAUUACGAACAGUAACAAUGCUAAUUAUGUUUACAUUUGUAGAAUAAAAGUGAAAUUAAUGAAAUAUUAUGUAGGUGAUAACAAUUAUAUUAUAAAAGGGAAUAGCUCGGAAUUUCGCGUUGGAUCAGAAAGGAGAUUCACCGCGUUUUUGCGAUUACAAUUAGAGCAUCAUGUUUGAUGACAUAGCUACUGAUUAGUGAAAUCUUUAUGAAUUAUUAUUAAAUUAAGUUUUGCAUUAGGCGAUAUCUUCCUUGUCGGUCUCGUUUUCCUUAUUGUGCAUGAAAUCGAUCACGUUAUUAAUAAUGAAUAAAAAAAAUACAUAGACGAUAGGGAAAAAUAUUAAAUGC